AUGGCAGCCUCAGCCUCUCUCUCCACCGCUUUCUCUCUCUAUACACCCCACACCUUCCCUCGUUCUUCUUCGUCCACACCCACCAACCAUUUAUCUCUAAAACACACGGCCAGCCAACAAUUUAUUACCACCGCAAAACCAUUCUCAAGAACAGCCGUUUCUUGGUGUCCUGUUUUUAGCUCGAAUAAGAAAUUUAGGGAUUCGACAAAUUUAAACGGUGUGUGUGAAGAUGAGAAGCGUUCGUUUACUAAACUGUCUGUUUCGAGACAGCAAGAAAAUCAGCCUCAGCAAUUGGAUAAUGAAGAAGAAUAUGCAGCCAGUAAAAGAGUUCCACUCAAGCUGAAGGCCCUUAUGCAGGCGUACAAGGAAGCAAUCCUAUUAGGUGAUGGAGGGACAAUAUAUGAAAUCGAAGGUUUGAUAUUCGCCGUAGAAAACGAAAAAAAUGAGUUGGCACAAAAAGUUUUGGCCAUGUCAGCAGAUAUAUCUUCUGGGAAGGAAAAGUACCUUCGCGUGCAGGCAGACUUUGAUAAUUAUAGGAAAAGAGUAGAAAAGGAAAGGCUAACUGUAAGAACUGAUGCCCAAGGUGAAGUGAUGGAGAGCCUCUUGCCAAUGGUCGACAGUUUUGAGAGAGCCAAACAGCAGCUCAAGUUAGAGACUGAGAGGGAAAAGAAGAUUGAUACAAGCUACCAAGGCAUAUACAAGCAAUUUGUGGAGAUUAUGAGGAGCUUGCGAGUGUCUGUGGUCCCCACGGUGGGAAAGCCGUUUGAUCCUAAGAUGCACGAAGCCAUUGCACGUGAGGAGUCGCAAGAUUUCAAGGAAGGAAUCAUAAUCCAAGAAUUUCGUAAAGGGUUUUAUCUUGGGGAGCGUUUAUUAAGGCCGGCCAUGGUUAAGGUCUCAUCAGGGCCCGGAAAGAAGCCCACUUCAGUGCUGGAGCAGUCAUCUGCGCAGCAAGCUUCGGUUGCUGGUAUUGAUAACCGAUAA